ACUACAAAAUCACAGUCACAUUCGAGCUCCGUUCUCUUUCAAUCCAUCAAUGUCCUCAUUGGCCACCAAAACCCACCCGCUUCUAACCUCUCUUCCGAACUUCCUCACAUGGCGAGCCCUCGGCUUCCGCACAAUCUGCAGCGGUCGCCUUGGCUUCGCCUCCUCCGACCCCGGCCCUGACCCGCCCGCCCCGCCCGUGGCAGGUACCAAGGUUCUAGAAACCUUCAAAGAAGAGUUCGAAAUUGGAUCACGCUUAAUCACCCUUGAGACUGGAAAAAUUGCCCGCUUCGCAAAUGGAGCUAUCGUUUUGGGCAUGGAUGAGACCAAGGUUUUGUCCACCAUUACCUCCGGUAAAGGAGACGCAGUUCGCGAUUUUUUGCCUCUCACUGUUGAUUAUCAAGAGAAACAAUAUGCCCAAGGUAUGAUUCCAACUACUUUCAUGCGGAGGGAGGGUGCUCCUAAAGAACGAGAACUUUUAUGUGGUCGUCUCAUUGAUCGGCCCAUACGACCACUAUUUCCAGCAGGAUUUUACCAUGAGGUUCAGGUAAUGGCAAGUGUUCUUUCAUCUGAUGGGAAACAAGAUCCAGAUGUAAUGGCAGCUAAUGCAACAUCCGCUGCUCUUAUGUUAUCAGAUAUUCCUUGGGGUGGUCCCAUCGGUGUUAUACGUAUUGGGAGAAUUGCUGGACAGUUUAUUGUCAACCCAACCGUGGAUGAGCUUAACUUGAGUGAUCUCAACUUAGUAUAUGCCUGUACAAAGGACAAAACUUUGAUGAUAGAUGUGCAGGCACGUGAGAUCUCAGAGAAAGAUCUAGAAGCUGGAUUAAGACUAGCUCAUCCUGAGGCGGUUAAAUACCUUGAACCUCAAAUCAAACUGGCUGCGAAAGCAGGAAAACAUAAGAAGGAAUAUAAAUUGUCAAUGAUCUCAGAUAGAGCUUUGGAGAAAGUCAGUAACCUUGCUGCAGCACCUAUUGAAGCUGUUUUUACUGAUCCAUCAUAUGGCAAGUUUGAACGUGGAGAGGCUUUAGAAAAGAUUGCACAAGAAGUGAGAAAAGUUCUUGAAGAAGAGUGUGAUGAAGAAAGCUUAAGUGUCCUACCAAAGGCAGUAGACACUGUGAGGAAAAAGGUUGUCCGCAAAAGGAUUAUUGCAGAAGGCUUCAGGGUUGAUGGGAGACAUCUUAAUGAAGUUAGGCCUGUUUAUUGUGAAGCUGGUAAUUUACCUAUAUUGCAUGGAUCAGCACUUUUUUCUCGGGGAGAUACCCAGGUCCUUUGUACUGUGACACUUGGAUCACCUGCAGAUGCUCAACGAUUGGACUCCCUGGUUGGCCCCCCAACAAAGCGAUUCAUGCUUCACUACAGUUUUCCACCUUUUUCAAUCAAUGAAGUUGGUAAACGACUUGGCCUAAAUAGGCGUGAAGUCGGUCAUGGAACUCUUGCAGAGAAAGCUCUGCUUGCUGUGUUGCCUCCUGAAGAUGGUUUUCCAUAUACUGUCCGUGUGAAUUCAGAGGUCAUGGCCUCUGAUGGUUCAACAUCCAUGGCAACUGUCUGCGGAGGCAGUAUGGCUUUGAUGGAUGCUGGUAUUCCAGUACGAGAACAUGUAGCUGGUGUUUCAGUUGGUCUUGUCAGUGAAGUUGAUCCAUCAACUGGUGAAAUUAAGGACUACCGUAUAUUGACUGAUAUAUUGGGUCUGGAAGAUCAUUUAGGAGACAUGGACUUCAAAAUUGCUGGCACUCGAAAAGGAGUUACAGCAAUUCAGUUGGAUAUAAAACCUGCUGGAAUUCCUUUAGAUAUUAUUUGUGAGAGUUUAGAGCAUGCACUUAAAGGUCGUCUUCAAAUCCUUGAUCACAUGGACCGGCAAAUUAGUGUAGCACGGACUCGAGAUGAUAGAAAUUCACCUCGUCUAGCUACCUUGAAGUACAGCAAUGACACUCUUCGCCGCUUGAUUGGCCCGCUAGGUGCUCUCAAAAGAAAAAUUGAAGAGGAAACAGGUGCACGGAUGGCUAUAAGUGACGGAAUGCUUACUAUAGUUGCUAAGAAUCAGGAGGCGAUGGAAAAAGUACAAGAAAAGGUUGACUUCAUAAUUGGCCGUGAGAUUGAGGUUGGGGGUGUCUAUAAGGGUGUUGUAACAUCAGUCAAAGAAUAUGGUGCCUUUGUGGAGUUCAAUGGUGGCCAACAAGGCCUGCUACACAUUUCUGAGUUGUCGCAUGAACCGGUCUCUCGGGUUUCAGAUGUGGUGUCCGUUGGCCAGCAGCUCUCUUUGAUGUGCAUAGGGCAAGAUGUUCGUGGUAAUAUUAAGCUAUCCCUUAAAGCGGCUUCACCUACACCUGGAGCUGAGACAAAGAAAGUGGUUGAAGAAUAUGUUCCAGUCUGCAAAGAAGCUACUAACGGUUGGGCAUCAGUUGGAAAUGUCUCUGAUGGGCAAAACCAGGAGUUCCCAGAGAGCAAAAGUGAAACUAGUGAGGCAAACUCAUAUUCUUCCUCAACCCCAGCAAUAUUAAUUCGAAGUGCUGCAGAGUGUGAUGAGGAGGAAAAAUCUUCUGGUUUGAGUCAGAGAUCAAAGAGAAGAUCUAAAACUGUGGCUUCACAAAGUAAUAGGAAGCCAAAAAAAUCUAUGCCUCAAAUUGCUGCAUCUGGUGACAACAGUGAUAAGAAAACCAAAGUUGAGAGUCUUAUUUCUACAAGAAAUCUGAAGCUUGGAACAAAGGUUACUGCCAAGGUUUAUCAAAUUCGUGCACGUGGGUUAGUUCUUGAUUUGGGUGGUGGAAUUCGUGGAAUGUAUCGGUUUAAGCAGGCAAAUGGCAAGAAGGAGUUCAGGGUAGGCGAUGAGUUGCUGGUAAAGUGUUCAAGUUUUACUAGCAAAGGGAUUCCAGUCUUGUCUUCAGUCGAUGAAUAAUAUUUACGUUGACUUUCCUUGGCAAUACAUUUUAUGCAUGGCGACUGGCUAACAUUGAUUCGAGGGAAUAUUUGUGCCAGCAGCAAGGAAGCAAAACAUGGGCACGCUAUUGCAGAACAGAGUUGAUGAGGCUAUUGAAUGUUCAGCAGGCAGCAAGGUGGAUGAAGCCUGAGCGAAUUCUUGUUAACUGGAUAAAUCUGCACUGCUGCCCUCAAUUCAACAUUAUAUCCAUACGAAGCACUCCGAACACUCACUGCAUUAUGGUUGUGAAGGGAUCUGCCAUAAGUUGAACCCAUGAUUCAGCAUUUUGAUCGACCUCAAAGUUUAGGUUAGGUAUGGCUUUUUUGCAUGUAUCCAUUGUAAAUUUUAGGUUGAACAUUAUUACUAAGAAAAUACUGCUAUAUUUGACUUGUGUCAGUGGGGUUGAUAAGGUUGCUUUCAUAUAUAUUUAAGAAGCAUUGGAGGGAACCCAGUUUUAUAAUGUUUGGAGGAUUUGGAACCAUGGCAAAUAAAGUCCAAUGGAAUCGGAAAUUUUCACAUGUUCAACCUGCUUCCAUGUUCUCACUUAUGCA